AUGCUCGCCGCCGACAUCGAGCAGCAGGCCAAGCCCCUGAGCGGGCCCUUGCUGCCGCUCCUCCCACCAAAGCCGCUCUCCAUCGACCUCGGAGGCAGCACCACAACUCGCCCUCGACCGCCCAUCCACCCAGGCUGGGUCUGCGAGACGGUCAUCGUCCCCGCUGCGUUCCCGCGCUCGUACGCCCACAGCACCAAGCACCCGCACGAGCUGCGCAUCAACCCGGCCGUCGACCCGGCGACCGGCCAGCGCGCCGACCCUGAGCGCGCCCUCGCGACGCUCGUCGCGCCCCAGGUCGAGGCGUUCAAGCAGCCGAUCAGCGUCGACGACACGCACGAGCUUGACCAGCAGGAGCAGCUCGUCACGGUCGCGAACCGGUACCGCCCGGCGGCGACGGCGAGGAGGAGCGGCGAGGGCGAGCAACGAGGGCUCACGCUCGUGUUCUCGCACGCCAACGGCUUCUACAGAGAGGUGUGGGAGCCGCUCCUCGCGACGUUGCUCGAGCGAGCCGAGGUCGGCGGCAAGUCGCUGCCGAUCGACGAGGUGUGGGCGCUCGACUGCAUCAACCAGGGAGAUGCGGGCGUCCUGAACGAGCCGGUGCUGGGCGAGGUCUUCAACUGGGCCGAUCACGGUCGCGACUUGCUCAACUUUAUCCUCUCGUACGGCGACUCGCCGUCCUCGUCGACUGGCCUGCUCAGCCCGGCGCCCGACGUCCCCGCCCACCUGCACCUCCUCGACAACCAGCCGUCUCUGCCUCCAGGCCCACCACUCGCCGCCGCUCGCACCUACCGCGGCCGCCUCAUCGUCGGCAUCGGCCACUCUCUCGGGGGCGGCGCGACCGCCUACGCCGCAUCGGCCCUGCCCGCCCUCUUCUCGUCGCUCGUGUUUGUCGACCCGGUCCUGCCCGACCCGAGCAACAGCACGCGCGCCAUGACGCGCCUCACGACGGGCGCGCUCAUGCGACGCGAGACGUGGAAGACGAGGGCCGAGGCGCGAGACGGGUUCGUCAAGAAGCCGUUCUUCCAGAGUUGGGACCCGCGCGUGCUCGAGGGCUACGUCGAGCAUGGACUCGUCGACGUCGCCGACGGCGUCGCGCUCAAGGUGACGGCGAGGAACGAGGCGCUCACCUUUAUGGACCCGAUGGCGGUUGCCGCUCGCCGCGCCGCCACCCGGCUGCAGCUUAUCCCGGCGUCGCUGCCGGCGCACUUUAUCUGGGCCGACAAGGGUCGGUCCGUCGUCGACGAGGACAACAUCGCCUGGGUCCUGCGCGACGCCAUUCCGCACGCCUCGUGGUCGAGGGUCGAGGGCGCGGGCCACCUCCUCGUGCACGAGAAGCCGGACGACGCGGCGCAGCACUUGCUACAGUUCCUCGAGAAGACGUACCCGCGGCAGCCGAACAAGGCCAGGCUGUGAGGCCUUUCG